CAAAAAGAACACUGCAAGAAAGGAGAAAAUGAUAGUUUGCGAGAGACCACGCCAAAUAACACUAGCUAGAGCACUCGAAUAGCAUAUGAAUUGAGGUGAUCACUGAUAGGCGUUGGCCCGGUCGAGAAAAGGGUGCACAGGGUAAUGAGAAUGAAGACAUGUGGAAUGAUGAAUGGAUGAAAAAAAGGAAGGUCAAGGGAAGGCUCAAGAAAAUUACGAGAGGGACAAAGAAGGAGGGAUUUUAUAAUGAACAGUAGUGGAUCAAAACGACCUCAGAGAUGGGAUGGUGAAGAAAUGGGAUGGUGCAGGAUAGAAAAUAAGAAAAAGAUGCGACAGGGAAGAUUACUUGUUUUUUGGCCUUCAUACUCUAAAGCAGGGGUUACUGGUGGGUCACAAGGGGUCAAGUAGGAUUGGCUGGGAGGCUGUGAGGCCUUGCAAGAAGAAGCUUGGGAGAAUGACUUUAAUAGCUUUUUGUUUUGAGGUUGUUUUCUAUGUUAUCAUUCUGUUAGUGGCUGUUGAGAGGGAACAUCAGGGUGUCUUUCGUUACAUGUCAGGCUGGGUAUGGAUGGAAAAUAGUGUAGUAAAAGAUGUGUAAGACUAACUGCUGCUAUCAGGGAGUCGUGUGUGUUUCAAGUUUUUGGCAAAAGGGUCACAAUUUCAAGAACACUGAGAAACCACUGCUCUAGAAGAUUGAGAAUGCUAUUAUUACAUCCCAAAUAUUGAGAAAAUCUAACUGUAUCUCAUAUAUCACUAAUUGUAAAUAUAAGGUAUAAAUAUGUAGUUUGUUUAGAAUUUCUUGGCUGGGUGCAAAACUGACAAAAAGAUAGUCAAUCAUAUGACAUUGUAGGCAAGAGAGAGCUGGUAGAUAUUAAUGUGGUGGGGUCAGGCUACUAAUGGUGUGAAGUUGGGUUAAUGUCUAGUUUAGGUUACAUUACUUGUUCAGGGUUGCUUAAAUUACUUAGGGUUUGGGGAUGAAGGAUGGUACAGCUGACAACAUGGCCUAAGCAUGUUGGGGGUGAUGGGUUAAAAGUUUGGUAAGCUUAAUAUAACUGAUGAGCACCAAUGAGGGCAUAACUUGGCGGGGGGGGUGCAUCACCUAACCAACGCUACGAGCGGCUUGUGUCAAGUUGAUAAUCCUGAAUUAAUUUGUGCUUAAAUGAUGUUCUACUGACAUUUUUGCUGCCAUGUUAUUGAUAAUGAUCUUAUUUGAUGUUUUGAAGAAACUUAACUUAUUGAGUCUAAAUUGCAAUAUUAAUAGAAAAAAAACUAGAGGAAACAAGAAUUUAUCACAAUAAAUAUUUUCAUUUUGGUAGUGCAUUAGUUUCUGAAUACUGCAGCAGCUAAAUAAGCAGGGUAGGUCUGGGCAGCCCAAGGGUGAGCUUCCCUCUUUGAAAGUGGCUAACAACCAUCAAGUCACUCUGAUGCUUCAUUGUGGUGAUUAAGUAAUAAUUCUUGGGGCACAGCACCAAGAAACCAUUUUUAAAUGUAUUUCAAGGUCACAAAUUAUGUCUUAGCUCAAAACAGUGUUUUUCAGGCUCAUAUUAAUGUUGUUUUCAGGUCUAGAGUGGGGAAAAACUGUCCCUUAUUAUGUAGUAUAUGUAGGAUUGUUAAUGAAAAUCAAAUAUAACUUGGAAAAAAAAAAAAAAAAAAAAAUGGGAAAAGGUACCAGCUAGGUACCUCAUAGGGUAUAACAGCGUUUCACCACCACAAUCUGAAAUUGGAACAGUGCAAACAUGUUGGUGGAGGGCUGAGUGUAGUUUUAUGGUGCACUAUGCUGAAAUCACUUAAGGCACGUUUUGAGAAUUUACAGUGGAAGCUACACAAGGCAAGGCAAGUUGUCAAGUUACUGCUGAUGUACUGCUGCUACCUGAAUGAAACACAUCACAGACUGCAUUACAUAACUGAUGACUAUCACCAUCAUGUACUUCAGUGUGGAAAACAUUGUCAUUAUGGCUUGCACAGUGUUAUUGUGAGCUGUGUUAUUACUUCCUUGUUACUGGGGAUGUAAUGAAUGGCAACUUAAAUGAUGUGUUCCUUCAGAAGUAUCCGUUGUUGUGCAAUAAUCUGCUGUGCAAGAUUUAUCUGCUUAUGUGAGUGAACAGCAAACCUUCAUCUUCAUCAAGUCAUGUCAGAAACCAUCACAGUCACAGCAGCUUCAUCAAGUAUCAUGUUAAAUGCAUGUCAGCUGUUUGAACUUGAGGCUUUUGUUCCUUCACGGCUUCCUGUCAAGGAGCCCAGCCAUGCGUGAGGGGGGUCAGGUGAGCCUCCCACCCAUGCGCCGUGGCCUUUCCCCUGAGGGACGGCGGAUCAGGGAGCGCCACAGCCAGGGUUCGCUGACCAUUGGGGUGCAAGGAGUGACGGUACAUCCAACAGAACGAGUGGGUCGCAGCCAGAGUUCCUUCCUCCAGGAGAACGUGAGGCGUCUGCGGGAGAUCCAGACGAGGUGUCGUGAGCGAGAGCAACCAACCCGCAACCGCCAGCCAUUGCGAGCCACACGUGUCCCCUCUGCCGCCACCUCCGUCUCCUCCUCCUUCAGCAAAACAGACGGUCGCCCCGCUGGCACUGGGUCCCCGCUGAAGGCUGAGGGUGGGGGCGGGGCGGGGCGGGGCGGGAGUGCCCACUCGGACUACUACUCCCUCUCGGAGGAUCCCUCAGACCCACCUCCCCCAACCCAUCCCCACUACCCGUCGCAGGAAUGGGCUGCCAACCUCGCUCACAGCAAGCACAGCACGACCUCGCGAGGCUCACGACCACAGAGCCCCGUGGUGUUGCGGCCGUUGACCAACAGCAUGCCACAACCACCAGGGGAGGAGCAGCAGCUUAUUCUCCCUGACGCCGGCCUCAGCAAGGAGAUGCGGAAGCUGCGGAUGGAAAAUCUAGUUUCACGGAUCAGCAGUCAGCGUCCAGCGUGCGAGAUGGACUACCACCAGCACUACCGCGCCAUCGAGAACCAGCAUCGCCUCCUACUAGAUGCUGCCGAAAGGAUCAACAGCUCAUCGGGCGAAGGAGCAAGUGGGGGCAGCGGCGGGGACUCCACCCGUGGGCGAGGAAGCCAGGCGUGGCCGGGAACACCUCAAAAGAUGGUUCGUGCGUACAGCUUUGACCGAGGCACCUCAGCCAGGCGGAGGGACGGCAGCACGGAGAGGAAGGCCAAGACAGGUGAACUAAAGGCAUUAAGAAAACUCAACCACCGGCCCCCCUCCCCGUCCCCGUCUUCCUCCUCGUCUUUCUUCUCCCCGCAACUAGGGAGAAGAUUCUCCAAAGCCGCUCCAAAGCCAGGCGCACCAGUUCAGAACGCCAGUGCAGAUUCUUUAUCUGGAAAACAGCCAGUUGGAGGUGUAGGGAGUACCGGGACCGAGCUAUUAAGUAGAGGUGAGGUGACAGGCUCCAGGGGCGUUCUGAGAGGUACCAGUGCCAGGAGCCGAGGCAGCGCAAACACACAACAUUCCGAUACCCGUCCAGCUUCUCGUCCAGGCAGCAAAUGGAGGAAAGACGCCGAAGACAACGCCUCUCUCUUGGAGGAGACAAACCUCAACUCCACAUUCUCCUCCAGUUGCGACUUUUAUCCCGCGGGGCAUCAUGAGGAACCGGAAUCGCCGCGCCAUGCCACCCAGGAUAACCUCAAACUGGCCAUCCGUCCCGACAGCCAAAACAGUAUGGCCGAUGGGGACCAACAGACCAACAACCCUAACAGAAACGACUGGAGCUUGACCUACCACGACGGGACCCAAAACAGCACAUCGCCCAGAGAGCAGACAGAAGCUACAGAACGUGAGGACGGACUUCACGCUGAGGAGGAAGGAAGAACAGACAGACACACCGGCCGAAAUGAGAACGGAGAUGUCUGCUACACGCAACUUUUGGGUCCCUUACCUCCUGUUCAAGGUAUAAGGGGGCAUGAGGACGCCACCAUUACCACUCCUACUAUUGCCUCACCCAGUCACCGCAGGAGGGAGCGGCAGCAACAACAACAGCAAAGGACCCAAAAUAACCCCCUGCGAAGGUCCCAGUCCCUCAAGAAUGUUACCCACUCCCCGGGGGAACCUCCUCCUACCUACCAGCUGGGGAGGAUACCAAGGUAUCUACGGGCCAGGAAGGAAGAGGCGAGAAGGCAGGAGGAGAUGGCCCGCGCCGUUGACCCCGACUGCCCGCCAGGUCACCAACCUCUGCCUGACCACGAACGGCAGAACACCUUACACCUCCUGCAUAAGAGCCAGUCAGAGGUGCUGCGGGAGCUCUCGUGUCUGCCCGUGGCUCAGGACACUCUGCGGGUAAAGAGGGCCAGACAGACGCUGGAGGAUAAGCUCACACAGAUCGAGGAGGGGCUGAGAAUCUUUUCCCAGCCUCGCGUCUAUAUCAUGAACGACGACUGAGAGAGAGAGAGAGAGAGAGAGAGAGAGAGAGAGAGAGAGAGAGAGAGAGAGAGAGAGAGAGAGAGUAUGCAGAUGCUGUUUGCGGUAAUUUAUCCUAAAAGUAUACUUCAAUAAUACUGUUGGUUCUUUGAGGAGCGAUAGACAGAUAGUUACACAGAUUUGUUGCGAUAGCUAGAUAGUUAGAUAGAUUAGAUAGAUAGAUAAUGUGAGUAAACAAGAGACAAAAAAACGUUAUAUUGCUGGGAAGAUAAACCAGUGUUGGAUUGAAAACGAUACAAAAAUGAAGAAAAAUAACAAUAAAAGGACCAUUCAAUGAUAACCAUUUAGUGCAACGGGUGCCUUUUGGGUCUAUUAUUACGACUACUAUUAUCAUUAUUAUUAUUAUCAUUAUCAUUAUUAUUAUUGAUAAUUAUCAUAGUCAUCAUCAAGUAUUAAAAAGACGGGAAGGAAGAUGAUGUCCAAACUCUUUAGCUUUAUAAAUGUAAAAAAAAAAAAAAAAUACAUGCAAAACAAUAAAAAUAAUGAUUAUGAUAAUACAAAUAAUAAAUAAUAACUAAUAAAAAAU